UUAAGUUUGCCAAUCUUGAUUAGAAUACAAUAAAAAAGGGGGAAAUAUUUGAGUUCGAUCUUUGUUUGGUUUCAAUAAUAAUUCCUGAAGGCAUACAUAGUAGAUGGAGGAUCACUAUGGAAUGGCGGAUCUGAGACAGUUUAUGAGCAAUACGUCGUUUUUCACCUCACUUCCGCCGCCGCAGCAGCAGCCGUCGUCGGCGGACGUGUUACUGACGCAUCACCACUACGACAUGGUGUUGGCACCGAUGGGGGCUGCGGCGGCGGCCCCGCACCGGCCGACGACGGGGCUGCAUCAUGAGUUCUUUGCUGAUUCGAGCACAAACGCGACCACAGCUAGCGGCGGAGUUGCAUCGAGUGGCGGUGGUGCUGGGUUUAGCGGGCUGGAGCUGGAGACCACCGGAGUUGGGGGCGGCGGCGCUGUUGGAUUCGACGGCAGCGGCAGCGGGAGGUGGCCCAGGCAGGAAACUCUCACUCUUCUUGAGAUCAGAUCACGACUCGAUUCCAAGUUCAAAGAAGCUAAUCACAAAGGUCCCUUGUGGGAUGAAGUCUCCAGGAUCAUGAGUGAGGAACAUGGAUAUAGAAGGACUGGGAAGAAGUGCAGGGAGAAAUUUGAGAACUUGUACAAAUAUUACAAGAAGACCAAAGAUGGGAAAGCAGGAAGGCAAGAUGGGAAACACUAUAGGUUUUUUAGGCAGCUGGAAGCUCUCUAUGGUAAUAAUGGCAGUGAUCAUCAAACCAAUAACCACAACGGUUCAGACUACAUGAUGACUCAAAAUCACCACCACCAAACCGAUUCGGGUGGAAACCCCAAUUUCUACGCAUCGAAGCCAUUAGCAGCCGAUGACAGCCUCAGCCUCUCGAAAUGCUCUUACUUUGGCUCCACUUCGUCAGGCGAAGAAGAAGAAGAAGAAGAAGAAGAAGACGCCGCCGGGGACAGUGCUGGAGAGAAUGAAAGGAAGAGGAAGGGGAUGAGGCGGCGGCGGCGGUGGAAGUUAAAGGUGAAGGAGUUCAUAGAUGAGAAGAUGAGGAAGCUGAUUGAGAAACAAGACGAGUGGCUGGAGAGGAUGAUGAGUGGGAUUGAGGAGAAGGAGCAAGAGAGGAUGGCAAGGGAAGAGGAGUGGAGGAAGCAAGAGGUUGAUAGGAUGGAGAGGGAACAAAGGUUUUGGGCCAACGAGCGAGCCUGGAUCGAAGCCAGGGAUGCCGCUUUGUUGGAGGCAUUGCACAAACUAGGUGGCAAUAAUAAUAAUAAUAACAAUAACGAUAAAGCUCCCGCAGUUCCAGCUGCUGGUGAUGUGGCCCAGUUCCACGACCAGAACUGGGCGACACCAGCAGCAGCUGGAGACAGCAGUACCCAUCAUCACCAUCAUGAGAUCAGCAAGCUCAUCCAACUAAGGGCAAAUAUGGAAUCAAGAUUCCAGCAGCACAUUGGGUGCUCAGAUGAUGCUCUUUGGGAGGAGAUUGCAGCCAAGAUGUCUUAUAUGGGCUAUGAUAGUAAUGCUGCUGCUUCCAUGUGCAGAGACAAGUGGCUCACCAUCAACAACUACUUCCUUAACAAGGGAAACUUCAAGAAAAGGAAAGAGAACAACAUAAGUUCUGGAGAUUGUUUUAACUAUAACUUGUUCCACAACAAUGCAGUAGCAGGUUCAUUUCCUGCUGCUGAUCAUCAUCAACCCACAAAUGAUAAUAAUCUCCCAAACAGUCUUAGGUUCUUGAUGGGUGACAACAGUAAUAAUGCUGAGAAUAUGUGGGAGGGUUAUGAGUUGAAACACCAAAGCAGAGGGGCAGAAUAGUCCAACAACAAAAAACAAACAAACAAACCAGUUGUGUAACAUCAAUCAAUUGAUUUUAAGAAGAUCGGAGUGGAGAGAUUAUCCAUCAAAAUUGCCCAAAUCGAAGUGAAUUCAAUCGCGAGUGAAUUGCAAAUUCCUUCUCCAAAAAUUGCAAAUUCCUUCUCCAAAAACAGCGAAUAAGCUCGUGAAUUGGAUGCACCAGUUGUAGGCGCACCCCAGAUUCCAAAAAUGAUGCAAAGCAAGCUCAAAUUCAUGGAGUAAUGGGCGAUUUCAUCUUCGCGGCACUGUUCAUCCAGCGGCGAGAGAGUAUUCCGAAAAAAGAGAGGAGGAGGGCAGCAGCGGAAAGAGGAAAUACUACCUAGGAUGUUCGCCAAAUCUGCGGUCACCCGAAAAACACUGUUGAGAGGUGUUAGGAGGUUAAUAGAAAGAAUGAUGUGACGUAAUUCUGGAGGCAGACGGAGGCGAGAUUGUCGGAAUGGAUGUGGUGUUUUAAAUUAAAGAACAUAAAUAAAUUAUGUUUGU